GGUGGCUCCGGGGUCCACCCGGGGGCCUGGCCCGGUGUCAUCAGCGUGCAGGCCACCUGGGAGAACGGCACGUGGCACAUGUGCUCGGGGGCACUCAUCCACCCCCGCUGGGUGCUCACCGUGGCUCACUGCUUCGCCAGGGCCGGGGACAUCUCCAGGUGGGAGGUGGUGAUCGGGGCCACCGACCUGAGCCAGCCGGGCCCCGAGGCCGAGCUGCGCCACAUCCAGACCCUGCUGGUGCACCAGUACUAUGAGCCCCGCACGGCCAGGAACAACAUCGCCCUGCUGGAGCUGGACCAGCCCGUGGCGUGCAGCGACUACAUCCAGCUGGGCUGCGUGCCCGACGGCUCCCUGGCGGUGCCCGAGCUGAAAACCUGCUACAUCGCGGGCUGGAGAGCCACCCCGGACAGCGCCCCCAGCCCUCGCCUGGUGCUGCAGGAGGCCAAGGUGCGGCUCAUCGACGUCCAGCUGUGCAACAGCAGCCGCUGGUACGGGGGGGCCGUGCACCCCCAGGACCUGUGCGCGGGGUACCCGCGGGGCGGCAUCGACACCUGCCAGGGGGACAGCGGGGGUCCCCUGGUCUGCAAGGACAACACCGGUGACUUCUUCUGGCUGGUGGGCCUGACCAGCUGGGGCAAGGGCUGCGCCGGGGCCAAGCGGCCCGGGGUGUUCACCGCCACGCAGCCCUUCCACACCUGGAUCCAGGUGCAGAUGGGAUUGCUCCCGCCAGAAGCCGACUCCGCUCCACCCGAGCCCUUGCCGAGCCCCGAGGAGGAGCCCGAGGCCGACUCGGAGGACGAGCUGAACCCCAACCCAGAGGACUCGGAGUAUUCCACGAAGAUUUCGUUCCAACAACAGAUCCUGGGGAAGUUCCUGAACCUGCUGCUGGAGCUCCUGCAGUUCCUGAAGGGAGAGAAAGCCUGAGCGGCGGGAUGGGCUGAUCCAGUUCUGGCAACCAUUCCCAGCCGGGGCCGUGGCUGCGGGGCCAGCCCAGCCCCGUGCCCGGCGCUGCUGUGCCCUGCCCACGCUGACCCCUGCGCCCGCCCCGCUGCUGGAUCCAGCUUGUGCUUCAAUUAGAG